GUAAAUUAAUUGUUAUUAAUAUUGCAAAAUCAUUAGUAUUUAGUUCGUUUGAACGUAUUUUUAGAUUUUCCCCCUUUUCAUUUAUAAUUCACAUAAAAUUGCGGUUUAAUGUAUUAAAGUGGAAUUCCGAACGUUGAUUCUGCUUUCAGGUACUUUUGGGCAGCUCUAAUGGUAACGAUAGCUGGUAUUUUAUGUGCCUGUUCCUUAUGGCGAAAACAUAGCCAAAGCAGUUUAAUUUGUUGCAAAAAUUCUGGAAGAGAAGACCGGGUUUCAGAACCGGACUCAAACGGUUCUUGUUACGCUCCACCCCAAUAUAGCCGAUGUAACAGCUUCUAUCAAGCCCCUCCGCCCUAUAGUGAGGUAACUUCAAAACCUGACAUGUACCCCCUUGUAAUAAGUUAUAAUGGAAUAUCGAAUGAUCAAAACCACAAAUGGGGUGGUACAACAGGGUACCUCAUGGUUCAGUAUUUUAGAAAUUACAUCGUCAGGCCAGUAGGUUCCCUUUCUGCAACCAGCACAAUGGAUUCUUUGGGUUCUAGUUUCAUUCAUUCUGUUAACGAGCAUUAUAAAUGA